AUGACUACCAAUUUGUUGCCAGUUAUUGGGUUAGUUGUGCUAUUGACUGCCGCCUGUCAGCCAGCCGCUGUUCCAGCAGCUAUUUCAGUAGCUGUCACCAGCAGCAGCAGCAGCAGCAGCAGCAGCAGCAUCAGCGGUCGUGUCGUGGGCGGCGAGGAUGCGGCCAGGGCGCAGUUUCCGCAUCAGAUUUCAUUGCGCAACCUUGGCUCCCAUAGCUGCGGCGGCUCAAUUAUAUCACGCAACUAUGUGUUAACGGCAGCGCAUUGUGUGGUCUAUGAGGAUGCCAGUGGAACGAACCAGGUCUACCCAGCCAGCCAGAUAACGGUGCGCGCCGGCAGCAAUGAUCGGCUAAGCGGCGGUGAGUUGCGCAACAUUGUGGAGAUUGUGGCACAUGAGAACUAUGGCAACUUCUUGAACGAUGUGGCCGUGAUGCGUGUCGAGAAGCCGUUCAUCUACUCGGAAAACAUACAGCCAAUAGCACUGCCCACCAAGAAUACGCCAGGCGGUGUCGAUGUCAUCAUCUCUGGCUGGGGUCGCAUCAAGCAUGGCGGCGAUCUGCCACGAUAUUUGCAAUGGAAUACGCUCAAAUCGCUUACGCUGGACGAGUGCGAGAGCUCCAUUGGCUGGGGCGAGGAAGCUGGCCUGUGUUUGAUCCAUGAGGUGGACAAUGGUGCCUGCAAUGGCGACUCCGGCGGCCCGGCCCACUAUGAUAAUGAGCUGGUGGGCGUGGCCGGUUUCGUUGUGGGCGGUUGCGGUAACAUCUAUCCAGAUGGCUAUGCACGUGUCUAUUACCACGUAGACUGGAUCAAAGCGCACACAGACUUAGUAUGAGACCGAAAUAAUUAUGAAAUAGUACGAAUUUUUUUUAUUGUAUAAGGAAAACAUAAAAGU